GCAAGUAUAUAUCCACCUCCGCUCAAGUACCUUCUUGACACUCCGCCAUGAAGCUAGACACGACCGAGUUCACCCUCAAAGGCCUCGAGGCUGACGGCGGGCUCGCGCUGACCUUCGUUCGAGCCACCCCCAAACAGGGGCCUCAGUCCGCGAAGAAGAAGGCUAGGGCGCAGCCCAUCGCUGAACCUCCUCGACGCCUGUCGUUGAUAUUCCUACAUUGUGUCGCCUCUCACAAGGAAACAUGGUUGCCUACGAUCGAGCACUUGUUCGACAUGGACAAAUCCGCAUCGAGCGAUGCUUUUACCCUCGUCGAAGCAUGGUGUAUGGACGCCCCCAGUCAUGGCCGCGCCGCCGUGCUCAACGAGAAGCUCCUGGAAACUUACCCUGAGGGGACGACUGGUGUACAGUGGGCGAGAGGCGUCCAAGUACUGCUCAAGUCUGGGGUGAUCUCCGGGAACAACGUGGUCGGCGUCGGUCACUCCGCCGGAGCAUGCAUUGUACUGCAGUCAACCGAGGGCUACCCACUCGACCGCCUCCCGUACUCGUCCCUCAUUCUCAUUGAGCCAGGCCUGAUGACGCGCGCGAUGUUGAACACCGUCCGCUUCGACAAGGCCUCGCCCCUCACGCGCGCCGCCGAAGCCGUGCGCAUGCGCAAGGACAUCUGGCCCUCCCGCGCGGCCGCGCGCGAAUGGCUCACGAAGCGCUUCCCGUACCGCCGCUGGGACGCGCGCGUCCUCGAUCUUUUCGUCGAGCACGCGCUGCGUGACCUACCUACGACCGCGUAUACGGAUAAGGGAGAGGGCGUAACCCUCGCGGUGACGCAGAAGGACGAGAUCGCAGGGUACUCGCACUACGAGGACGCGUUCGCGGCGCUCGAUGCGCUUCCGGGCCUGUGCCGCGCGGUGCCCACGCACGCAAUCUUCGGGUCCGUGAUUGACAUUGUGCCCCCAGCGCUACACGCAUGCACGAUCGAGGCGAGCGAGGGCGGGCUGCGGAGCGUCGUGCGCGUGGAGGGCGCGGGGCACCUCGUCGUGCAGGAGGACCCGCGCGCGGUCGCGCAGGCGAUUUGGGGCAUAUUGCAUGAGGACCACGUCCCGCCACCGCCCGCAUCGGCGCCGACGCGGGGCGCGAAGCUGUAGUUGGGUUGGCUUUAUUUGACACGAUGAGGGUCUGACGUGAGCUUAGAGGACGUGUACUUAGUUUGUCAGUGGAGGUGUGCGUAUGACAGGUACUAGCUUGUAAUAGGACGUGGCAGUGCGGAC